AUGUUGGACAACAAGCAACUCAAAUUUGACGCAUACUCUCUCGACGAGUGGCUUGAAAAUGAUUUACGCGCGUCUGGCAUACUCAAUGAACCAGCUCCUAUCGAGAAGAAACGGAACAACAGCAGCACCACAACGAGCAGUGUCGUAGCCACCCAGUGCUGCAACACCGGCGGGUGUAUCGCAGACGACGCAAUGCACUCAUCAACGUUACUCCAAGAAGAAACGUCAAAGCAACGCAUGGAGCAUGGCACCCAACAUCCGGUGACGCUGAAACGACAACGCAACACGGAUGCAGCACGACGAUCUCGAUUACGAAAGUGUCAAAGAAUGGAUUCGCUAGAAACCAGAAUGAGGAACCUGGAAUUGGCGAACGAGCAUUUGCGGUUACGCGCUGCUGUGCUUGAGAGUGAACGGAAAGCAACGUUGCAUAGACAUAAACGGAGCGAGGAACGGAUCAUGGAAUUGGAUAAACAGCUUGCCGAGGCGCAUGAGGCGCUUGUUCGUAGGCAUCAAACGACUUGA